AUGGCAUCAACCCUACUCUCCGGCUUCAAAUACUCCGACAGCCUCACCGUCGUCGGAAUCUCCCUCUGCACCGCCGUCGUGUGCGAAGCCAUCUCGUGGCUGCUCAUCUACCGCACCGCCUCAUACAAAUCCCUCAAGUCCACCAUCGACAAGGCCUCCAAAAAGCUCGAGACGAUGAAGACGACCGACGCGAACCCCACCACCGCGGCCCUUCUCAAGAAAUCGUCCAAGAAUAAGAAGAUGGACCGCGUAGAGACCUCGCUGAAGGAGUCCAGCCGCGACCUCUCGAUGUUCAAGUUCAAAUCCGGUGCCGUCGUCGCCCUUGUUCUCUUCAUGGUGUUCGGGCUGCUCAACAGCUUGUUCGAGGGGAAAGUCAUCGCGAAGAUUCCGUUCGUCCCGAUACGAUUGGUGCAGAAGAUGAGCCACAGGGGAUUGUCUGGGGACGACAUGACGGAUUGCUCGAUGGCGUUUUUGUACCUGUUGUGUUCGAUUAGUAUUAGGACCAAUUUGCAGAAGUUCUUGGGAUUUUCGCCGCCACGUGGAGCUGCCGGCGCCGGAUUUUUCCCCAUGCCCGAUCCCAAGUCCAGCUGA